GUCAAACUGGCAAGUUAUCGAUCAAUAUCAAAACCAAAAAUAAUGUUUAAACAGUGUUUAUUGUUUUUUGUGCUGCUUGGAAGCUGUUUAGCAUUGCGACAAAGCGGAUAUUACACAAGAGUGAAACAUAUUACGCAAAAAAGUAGUAAUAGUAUACAGAAUGAAGAUAGUAAUAAUUCAGAAGGUGAGCAGAAAAACGAGCUCACCAGCGCUGAUGGAGAAAAGACAGCAGAGGCUAUCAUGGUCACAGGAGGAACCGAAACAGAAACGGAACAAAAUAUAGAAAAUAAUGAAACACAAAAUGAAUCAGGGAAUCAACAAACAGAGCAAGCAUUCGGAGAUCGUAUUCCACAAGGAGAAAUUGAAGGUAGCCAGCAAGAAAAUAGUAACCAACAAGAAGAAAACACCGGGGAUCGUUCGCAGGAAAACUCCCAGGAUGGAGAAGAGGGACUUAAAUACCGGAAAUUUCCUAAAUACAAAUAUGAAUAUAUUAUCAAAGAUUUUCAUACUGGUGACUACAAAAGUCAAUGGGAGAGUCGGGAUGGUGAUCUGGUGAAGGGGGAAUACUCACUGAUAGAACCGGACGGCACUCGUCGAAUCGUUAGUUAUAAAUCCGAUGCUAAGAGUGGAUUCGAAGCCGACGUUAAGCACCUGGGCAAAAGUCUGGGACUUGGAAUUACGCUUAAAGGGGCGAGAGGUUACGCCCAUAGUUACACUAAACUAAAACAAUAUCUCUGAUUUAACAUUUAGAAUCAUUAUAGGAUUAGUUUUAAAGCUCAUACCAAUAGUCAGUAAAUAUUGUCGUUAACUACUACUUUAUAUUCAUGACUCAAUAUCACAUUUCGUGCACUUGAAACAGCAGGGGGAAAAUUGAAAGAUUCAAAAACUUUGCAAUGAAUAAUACUCUCUUGUUCAAGGGCUUAGCAUCUGAUACUUGAAAUACAGAACAGUAGCUUACUAUAAUGGGGAUUUACUUGUUAUGUGCUUCACCAAUUGGGUGCUCAAGGAUGAGUGUUCAUUUGGGUCAUGUCCCAACCAAAAAGCACCUUUAUGUCACUACGUCAAUGUCAUUCCAAUGAGUUCAAAAGAGAUAAAGAAAAAUAAUUAUGCGAAAAUAAUCACAAUUUA